CCUUCCCCACGACCAGCCGUCGGCGUGAAAUCCAAGCAGACCCGAGAAUCGCAUCGGGAUAGACAGAUCCAUAGUUGAAGAAGGGCAGAGGCGGAGGCGGAGGCGGAGCAGAGGAAAUCAAUCAAGAAGGCGAGGAGGAGCAUCGUCGGCGAUGGAGGGGUGGGACAAGGGCACGAAGAGCGUGGUGGGCGAGAUCCCGCUGCUGUCGACGCGGGCGGGCCCCCGGGACGGCGAUCCGUGGCGGCAGCGGCUCAAGGAGGAGUACCGCGCCCUCAUCGCCUACACCUCCGUCAACAAGGCCAAGGACAAUGACUGGUUCCGCAUCUCCGCCGCCAACCCGGAGGGCACCCGCUGGGAGGGUACCUGCUGGUACGUCCACAACCUCCGCCGCUACGAGUUCCCCCUCCAGUUCGACAUCCCCGUCGCCUACCCCCAGGUCGCCCCCGAGAUCGAGCUCCCCACCCUCGACGGCAAGACCCACAAGAUGUACCGCGGAGGGAAGAUCUGCCUCACCGUGCACUUCAAGCCGCUCUGGGCCAAGAACUGCCCGCGGUUCGGGCUCGCGCACGCUCUCUGCCUCGGGCUCGCGCCGUGGCUCGCUGCGGAGGUGCCCAUCCUGGUCGAUUCGGGCAUGGUGAAGCACAAGGACGACGAGGCUGCUCCUGCAGAUGCCGCUGCUGCGUCUGGCUCUGCCGCUGCCUCUUAGCUGCAAGACAGUUACAGUAUGUCUUUUCUGUUGUUGCUGACAGUGACAGUUACAGUAUGAUGGUUGUCAAGGGGAUUGGAGGAUUGAAAAUCCACUCGGUUGUGGACUAAUAAGAGCAAGCAAUACAUAUACUCUAGUUGUCA